AUGUUCGCUUCUUUCUUGGUGAAUGCCUGGGAAGUCGAAGUGGAGAGAGGCACUGACGCCUGCAGACCAGCGCGCUGUAUCGACCGCGUCGGGGCGGAGACAGCAGUCGGCGUUUCGUCUGUUUCCUCGGCUCUUUUUCAGAAUCCGGCAGUCGCCCUCUCCCACAGCUCUCGAGUUUCCACUUUGACUUCCCUUUUCUCUUACCGCGUGUCGGCUCUGCUCCGUCCCUCGCCACUGUCUCCGGCCGCUCUCUCGCCUUUCUCGCCCCUGUCUCCUCUUCUCCGUCGCUCUUCGCCGCGUCCCCAGUUGCCUGCGCCUGCCUCGUUUCUCGGCGCCUUUCUCGCCUCGCCGGAGCCUGGCUUUCCUUCGCGCUCUUCCUCGCGCCUUUCCGUCUCUCCGCGGUACGGCGAUGCGGGCCUCGAAGACGAAGAAGCACCGAUAAACUUCUACACAGACGCUCCUCGCUCCGACGCUGCCCCGUCACGCACCCCCUCUGAGCACGACUCCACAGCCUCCCCUCCUUCGCCUGAUGCUCCUCCGUCCUCGGAGUCUUACUCUCCAGCUUCGGUCUUUGCGACGAACGAGUUGGCGAUGUACUACGCAGCCGCGCGCCUCCGCGGAGACACUCCGCCUCUUCCCGGCGAGCCUGCAGCGGCGCCGUUCCCCUCGGCGCCUCCGAAGGCUGAGAGGCAGCCUGGGAAGCGCAAAUCCCGUGCUUCGUCUUCCGCCUCUUCUUCCUCCUUUUCGUCCUCGCCGGCGGCUGCAGUUGAAGCGCGUGCAGGCGAGACAGGUCUAGACGACGCACAGGCCGCAGCGCAGGCGCUCACUCCGACGACCCUCUACAAUCGAGGCCCGCGGUUCCCGCAUGUCGAGUUGCAUCCGAAAAACUUAACGGGCGCGCCCGCAUCCCUCCUCUCGAAGGACGAACAACAGUACCUCUGGCGACACGGAUACUUCGCAGCAGACCACGUCAAUCAAACCGAAACGUGGAAAAACUGGCAUCUUCUCAAUCGAGGUCGAUGGACAGAUCCUGGAGUUGAGAAAUUGCCAAACAUCACCACAUUGAGAGGCGUCGAGGAGCCGCCGUUUCACCGCGUGCCUCUCCAGUUCUGGGAUGAGGCGCGAGGCUUGUCUCACGAUGUGCGCCACUACCCGAUUUACGAGGAGUUUUACAAUUCCACGACUCUGGAUCCGACGAUUUACACGCCUCGAUACAACCUCACGUUGUUACCCUUCACCCCUGCCUACGUACCCAGACGCGACCGCAUGGGUCUUCAGUACGGCGAUGCACGCAUUUUCGAUACGUGGCCGUCGUGGGACAAGGAAUUUACUCUGCGUGUUGAGGAGGCGACGAAUGUCACUGUCAUUCCUGAAACUGGACACUUGUACCAGAAGCUUUACAUCGGUCCGAUUCCCGUAACGACGGGGUGGACGAUGGGUUCUCUCAUUAAGGCCUUCGCUGCUCAGCGUUGUCCGGGGCAUGCAGUGGUGGCAUUGAAACUGCAUGCGCCUCCGCAGGCGGCAAAGAAGGGGGCGAGAAAAGGCAGGCUGAAAACCCGCGAGAAACGUUCCGAGGCACACAUGCACGGCGCGGUCGCCAGCGAAGGCGAGGGGGAACCCGGCGGAGGCGACGGCGAACAGACUCAACCAAUGGUCACCAAACUGCCCAGCGUUCGCGAAGACAUCCUCGAGAUCGCUCUCAAUUUAAAGGGGGUGGCGUUUGAGACGCUCGCGCCUCGGGAAUCCGCUUGCAUCCGCGUGAAGGUUGUCGGUCCGCAGCUUCUGGUUGCGGGGAUGAUCGGCUGGCCUUCUUUCGUGCGCGUGGCGAAUCCGGAGCACUUCAUCGCGAAAGUGGAAGAGGGCGGCGUCCUCGACCUCGAAAUCAAACUCGAGUGGGGCCGAGGCGCCUGGCUAGCCGAUCUCCACGGGCUCUACCGCGAGGAAGAAGGCGUCGAUACACGGUGUUACAAGCGACGCCGGAUAUGGGAGGUGGACAACCGAGGCUUCUACCCCACGAGCUGCGUUUUCGGAGCAUGCACCAUGAUGAGACUGGCAGUUCACAAACUCAUGGGAACGCGCUUCUGUCAGGAUCGGCAAGUGUCGACGAAUCCGACCGAGCAGCUGGUGGUUGAGAUUUGGACAGAUGCGUCAAAGAGUCCGAAAGAAGUUCUCGCCUUUGCUCUCCAAGACAUGCUCGCGUGGCUGCUGGACCUGCGGAGACAGCUCGUGCAGGAUGUGGACUGGAAAACAGAAGACGAAGACCUCAACGCCUCCUGGAAGCACGUGGCGGCGUGGACGGAAGCGAAGGCAUUGCAAGACAGGCUCGGCGGUCCGCCUCUGAUGGUCUGGGAAGAUCCAAGUCAGGGCUUGAAGCUCGCCGAGGGCGAAAAAAGCUUUGCGAUGCCAGAGUUCCGGCCGCCGCCCUGUCCCGUGCAUCCGGUGUCUUGGCUGAAGCGUGAGCUCGCGCGCUCGCCGUACCCCGCGGAUGGCUACUCAGACUCGUCGAAACCCCGGAAGAAGGCCGGGCGGAGACGGAAGAAAAUCCAGGACGACGACGACGCAGAGACGCCCGAAGCCGGCGAGAAGGAGACAGAGGCAACGGGCACUCGAGCAUGCCCGGGGAAUCUCCACACGCAGGAGUCCUCGGCCGAACCAGCUCUGGAAGAGGGCAAACCCGUGAGCACGACUACGGAGAAACGUGCGCGUCAAGCAAAGACGCAGGAGCGACGGGCGAAACGUGGACCCUCUGAAGUGCUUCUGGCGUCCAUUUCUGGCCUCCCGCCAAAGGCUCUGCACUCCCUGCACGAGUUUGGCUUGGCGACCUUGGCGGACGUACGCGAUUACACCCCGCAGCAACUCCGAAAAAUUCCGCAUGUUGGCAGCGCCACCGUCGCUCUGCUCGAGUCCCUCCUUUCUCAGCACUCCGACGCAUCUCCUUGUUAA